ACGUUUUAGACACACUCAGUUUGCGUAAUUUAUCAUAAGUAUAGAAUCAUCUAUAAUAACUUUAAUAAUGGGUUAUUUACUCAGGGAUCUACAAAAACCGACUUCAUUUGUCGCAUUACGUUUCACACCAAUUGAGCGGUGUACGAACGUGGGUUUUUCAUUCAAGCAGUUUCAACCAAAAAAUCCCCUAUUCCACUGCUCUCAAUUUAUAAUGCAACCACAUCAAACCAAACUGCAACAGUUCAGAGCCAAACCCCACUGUAAAAUGCAUCGUGCUUCAACGACAGCAAUUUCCCUUUUGCUUGCCCUGCUGGUUGUGGCGGUGGAGCUGAUGGCCGGCACCGAAACAGCAUGCGGCGGUGCAAACGAGCAGUUCAACCAGUGUGGAACGGCUUGCGAGAGAACGUGUGAAAAUUUCAACCAAACGGCUCUAGCGUGCACCCAUAACUGCGUUCGAGGAUGUUUCUGCGUGCAGGGAUUUGUGCGGGAUGUGGACCGAAAUUGUGUGACGCCGGAUGAUUGUUGAAUUUACUAACAAUUGUUAAAUAUAUAUUUGAAAAUAUUUGUCAUAACAAUGUGAAUAAUUCAUUCGCACUAUGUCGCAG